AUGUCUUCCACCGUCGCAGCGAACCCGACCCAGGCGACGAAUUCAGGGUCGUCAAAAAAGAAGAACAACAAGAAGAAGAAGAACGCCAACAAGAACAAGGCUGCUGAGCAACCUGUGAGUGGUAGUUCAGACCCUCAGCAGGGUUCAGAUAAAGAGACCCUCGAAGACGAGCCCGAGACACCCACUCAGCCCGAAACUCCAGUCAAUGCAGAUGCAGACGCAGUCAAUGCAGACGAAGUCGUAAACGAAAAAGCUCCCCCUGUCUACAGUAACGGGCAUGCCGUAGAGCCCAAGGCUCAGAGCAACGGGCUCACACCCCCUCCGGUUGAUGGCGAAAACGAAAAGCCCGACGAUUCAGAUACCUCCGCCAAGCUAGAGGCCAUGAGCCAGGAACGAGAGGCCUUGCGGGCCGAGGUCGAACAGCUACGGAAGCAGCUCGAGAACAUCCAGGAGACACACAGCAACGAAGUCACACAGCUCAAGAGCGAUCUAGAGGAGAGCAAUGCCGCCAAGGAGAAUGCCGAAGAGGAAUACCAGACUCUUCUUGGGCGAGUUGAGAAGAUCAAACAGACGCUGAGCGACCGGUUCAAGCGCGACAAGGCAGAGCUCGAAGAAAGCAAGGAGCGCAUAGAAGAGCUCGAGGCAGAGAACGAGGAACUAAGAAGCAACGCUGUAUCGUCUGGAGACGAUGUCGCCAAGCUAAAGGAGGAGCUACAAGAUGCGACAAGGGAGCUCAACACUCUUCGAAGUCGCAACAACCUAUCAGCACAGAACUGGAGCAAGGAGAAAGAAGAACUGGUCCGACAUGUCCAACAUCUUAAGGAGGAGAUGGAGACUACUGCAAACGCCAUGGGCGAAUGGGAAGUUAUCGCCAUGGAAGAGCGAUCCAUCAAGGAGAGCUUGGUUGAUAAGGUCUCGGAACUAGAGGAACAAGUUACUAUUCUACGACAAAACUACGAGAGCGCCACUACAGAGCGAGAGAGCCAAACUACCCUUAUCGAAAACCUACAGAAUGCCCUCCGCGAAAUCCAAGAUGCUCGCAAGAAGGAGCUUCGAGAUAUGGUCGAGACUACCGAGGCGCAAGUUCAAGCUCUCAAGAAACAGGUGCAAGAAGCCGAUGCCCGCGCAAAGGAAGCUGAAGAAGCCAAGCAAACGCUCUCACAGGAGCUUGAGCGAACAGCGCCGUAUGAGAAGGAGGUCAAGGAGAAGAACCUUCUCAUUGGAAAGUUGAGGCAUGAGGCGAUUGUGUUGAACGACCACUUGACAAAGGCACUGCGGUACCUCAAGAAGACAAAGCCGGAAGACAACGUUGAUAGACAAAUCGUCACAAACCAUCUCCUCCACUUCCUCACACUCGACCGCGGUGACGCCAAGCGCUUCCAGGUCCUUCAAGUCAUGGCUGGCUAUCUCAACUGGACCGACGAGCAGCGAGAGCAGGCCGGUCUCGCUCGUCCAGGCACAUCCUCUAAUUCUCUCCGCCUACCCAUGUCACCAUUUACACGCACACCAAGCUCACCAUCUCUCAACACCGAUCUCUUCAACGAGUCAACAUCCGCCAAAGACAAAGAGUCUUUGUCUGAGCUAUGGGCAAACUUCUUAGAGCGCAGCGCACAGGAGGGCGCUCUGGAAACACCAAGUAGGAAGGGUAGCACUAGCAGUGCUGCCACAGGACCAGUGAGGCCAGAGUCAACAAGGCCGGAGUCUAAGAGUUAA